AUGCAACUCUUCAAGCACCUAUCACGCUCAUCUAAGAGCAUAUAUGUCAGACCUGCUUUUGGACUUAGCCAGUUUUAGCAGAGAAAUUUCGCUGUAAGAGCAUAACCUGAUGGUGCUGAAACUUCAAUUGGUGAUGUUGGUGAAAUUUUCAAGGUAAACUAUACCGUAGAAUACGAACAAGGUCUUAGUGAUGAAUAAAAGAAGGCUCUUAAGAGAUUUGAUAUCUACAGAUCAAACCCCAACGAUCCCGAAGAUAGACCAAAGUAUGUCUCAUAUUACCUCGAUAUGCAAAAGUGUGGUCCUAUGUUCCUCGAUGCUCUCAUCAAAAUUAAGGACGAAAUUGACCCAACACUCUCAUUCAGAAGAAGUUGUAGAGAGGGAAUUUGCGGAUCAUGCGCCAUGAAUAUUGAUGGUAGACAUCAUUUGGCUUGCAUUUGCCCAAUCAAUAAAACAAAUACCGAUAAAUCAACUGUCUCACCACUUAUGUUCAUGUUUGUUCUUAAGGAUCUCGUAGUCGACAUGUCUCACUUCUACGCUCAAUAUAAAUAUAUUGACCCUUAUCUAAAGAGAAAGACACCAAAAGAACCAGGUCAAAGAGAGUUCUAUCAAUCAGUUGAAGAUAGAAAGCUACUUGAUGGUCUCUACGAGUGCGUCCUUUGUGCUUGUUGUCAAUCUACUUGCCCAUCUUAUUGGUGGCACCCUCAAGAUUAUCUCGGUCCAGCUGUUCUCAUGCAAGCCUACAGAUGGGUUAUUGACUCAAGAGAUGAGUACACUGACGAGAGACUCGAGAAAAUCGGAGGAGAUAUGAAAUUAGGAGAGUGCUAUCAAAUCGGUAUGUGCUCUUUAACCUGCCCCAAAGGCCUUGAUCCAAGAAAGGCUCUUGAGCACUUAAAGCACCUUUAUGAGGAAUACAAGGAUAGAAAGGAAGCUGAGCUCACAACAAUCUGA